CCGAAAUUUCGAGGUGAGGUUCAUUCGGCAAACGAUCGCCAAAAUGGAGAGAGCAAGCAAGCGCCGAAGGACAUCUCCCAGUGAUGAAUCUUCGCCCUCAGAUAACGAGCAAGACAUUCCCAAGGAUGCGGCUCAAGUCAAUGUGAUCAGUCCGCCUCCGAUAUCAACCAUUUCUCGAAUAAAACCUAAAGCUGCAAAUCCUCCACCGUCCAGCACCGCUGCAGUGACAGCCUCGUUGAGCGAGCAGGACGGCUUACUUCCCUCAAUACAAUCGGCAAUCAACCAUGAUGAGAAAGCAACAUUUGCAACUCUCGCGGUCGAUUCCUGGCUGACUGCUGCACUCUCUCGAAUGGCAAUUAAUCGGCCGACGAGGAUUCAGAAAGCAUGUAUACCCGAAAUCAUCGCCGGCCGGGACUGCAUCGGUGGUAGUCGAACAGGUUCCGGUAAGACGGUCGCCUUCGCCGUGCCGAUACUGCACCAAUGGGCGAAGAACCCAUCGGGCAUCUUUGCACUUGUCCUGACUCCGACGCGCGAAUUGGCGCUACAAAUCUAUGAGCAAUUUCAAGCUUUGGGUUCAAGCCAGGGUAUCAAAUCCAUAUUGGUCACUGGAGGUGCGGACAUGCGAGCACAAGCGUUAGAAUUAUCAAGGAGGCCUCACAUCGUUAUUGCGACACCUGGCCGACUUGCGGACCACAUUGCCAAUUCAGGCGAGGAUACCGUCUAUGGCCUGAGGAAAUGUCGCUUUGUGGUGCUCGACGAAGCUGACCGGCUUCUAGCAAGUGGACGGGGGAGCAUGCUUCCUGAUGUCGAAACGUGUCUUGCUGCGCUACCAAGCGGUUCCAAGCGUCAAACUUGUCUAUUCACCGCGACAGUGACACCAGAGGUGCGUGCACUGAAGGAGAUGCCACGACCAAAGGAACGACCGCCAGUAUUUGUCUGUGAGGUAGACAUAGAUGAUCUUGCCACUCCCGCGACAUUGCGUCAAACGUAUCAGCUCGUCAACGUGGUCCACAAAGAGAAGUAUCUUCACGUCAUCCUGCAGACACCUGCCAAUCUCGAAAAAUCAAUCAUCAUCUUCUGCAAUCGCACAUCGACCGCGAAUCUGAUAGAGUAUAUGCUACGCUUGCUGGAUCAUCGAGUCACAUCCCUUCAUUCGGGCCUACAACAUGACCAACGUAUCUCAAACCUUGCACGAUUCCGCGCAAAAGCUGCACGAAUUCUCGUCGCUACGGAUGUAGCCUCUCGCGGUCUCGAUAUUCCUGACGUUGGGGUCGUGAUCAAUUACGACCUGCCGCGGGACCCGGAUGACUACAUUCACCGUGUCGGUCGUACAGCUCGAGCUGGGCGGAAAGGUACCAGCAUCAGCAUGGUUGGACAACGCGAUGUGGAAAUCGUCCAUGCAAUUGAAGCUCGAGUGGGGAAGCAAAUGGAAGAAUACCAGGAAGAGGGUGUCAAUGUCGAGGGUCGCGUCAUCAAGGACUCGCUCAAUGUGGUCGGUGACAAGAAGCGGGAGGCAAUGCUGAACAUUGAAGAAGGACGAGAUGUUACUGGAAAGCGGGUGCGGAGAAUGAAGAAAGCUGGUGAUAAUUAGACAGUUCUCGAAAGAAAUGAACUUCCACUAUAUAUGGCAAGCAUUUCAUUAGACAUUCGAUCCUGAGACUAACUGAGUACUCUCCUUUCCCGAAAGUUC